AUGGCAGCUCCACUAUCUUCCCUGAAAUACAUCAAAGUCAAUGGUGUGAAACUUGCCUAUCGCGAGUCUGGCCAAGGUGAACCACUAGUUCUGGUUCAUGGCCACAUCUCCGAUUAUCGCACUUGGACAAAGUUAGAAGCCAGAUUGUCUUCGAAGUACCAUGUGUACAGCUACAGCAAGCGAUUUGCAUGGCCAAACGAACCCAUCAAAGAUGGCGAGGGACAGCCAUGGGAACAGGACUCGCUCGACCUAGCCGGCUUGAUUGAAACUUUGGACAUCGGCCCAGUCCAUGCGCUGGGGAAUUCAUCCGGAGCCACCAACAUAUUGUGGCUCGCAAAAACGAAGCCGCAUUUGUUUCGCAGUUUGCUCCUCGAGGAGCCACCCAUAAUCACGUUGUUUCUUCCAAGCCUGCCGCCAUCUCCACUAUCUGUGCUGAGCUUCCUCUUGUGGCACCCUAUAUCAUUCUUGCCUGUCAUGAUCUACGGAGCUACCACAAUUGGGCCCGUUGUGGAACUCGCAAAACAGGGGAACUACGAAAAGGCAUUGUUGACUUUCGGAAGCGGCUGCCUGGGCCCGAAAUCCUGGUCGCGGUCGCAAGCAGAUCCUGAACGGAGCGAAAUGACCGAGGACAACUCACGCUGGCUCUGUCACUUUUUCCGCUACAAUGAGUUGCCCAAAUAUACGUUGGAGGAUGCAAAGAGCAUCACGAUUCCGACACUGGUACUCACUGGCGCCGAUGGUCCGUACUUCCAGCAGUGUAUCGAUGCUGAGUUGAUCAGAAUAUGCGGAGCGGGGAAGAAGAUGGAGGCCAGGAUUCCUGAUGCGGGCCACCUCAUGCACGAAGACAACGCCGAGGGUGUAUAUGAAGCAAUUGUGCGGUUUCUCUGA